AUGGCGGGGGGCGAUUUAAAGAUUUUCCCAACCGAAGACAAACUUACAAACCGUGAAUCAGGUCACGGACAAGAUGGUGCCCCAGUUCAGGUCUCUCUGCUCAUCAAGCUCGGCCGACACUCAGCCCUGGUCCUCGGCAUGGCCUACGGCGCCAAGCGCUAUAGUUACCUAAAGCCCCGGGCAGAGGAGGAGAGGAGGGUGGCCGCGGAGGAAAAGAAGAGACUAGAUGAGCUGAAACGGAUUGAAAGAGAACGGGCAGAAGCCCAAGAUGACAGCAUACUCAAGUGAAGCGCCAGUGAGUUUGCCUUUCUUAAGUCGCUGAGGAUGAAUAAAGCUCUGUUGUGUGAAAAAAAAA